AUGGAAGUACUAAACGUUAAACGCUACACUCUGGGGGUCCACAUUUGGGACCUGACCCUGGAAGACGUGUUCAGGGUUGGGGACCAUCUAAAGAACUACAUCUUCAUUGGCGACAUGCUGUAUUUCUUCGGCAUCAUGUUCACGAAACUAUCUAUUUUGAUGCUCUACUUGAGAAUAUUCCAACCGAAUAAGAAGUUUAGAUACUUUACCUACGUCAUGAUAACUUUUAACGUUGUCUACCUUUUGCUCUUCUUCUUAUUGUACGCAUUCGAAUGCAACCCGCCAGCUCUAGGGUGGCACACCGUCACGUGGACCGGUGGUGGCACUUGCAUCGACACCAUCAAAGUCAGCUAUGCCGUUGGAGGCAUCAAUGUUUUCUCGGACCUUGUCAUUCUUGUGAUGCCGAUCCCCCUCCUUCUAAAAUUGAAUCUGAAGAAAUCACAAAAACUUGGCCUGCUCGCUAUCUUCGCAACUGGUACUUUUACCGUUGCGUGUACUAUUGUUCGACAAGUGGUCAUCAUGAAAACUCUUCGGGACUUCGAUCACGGCUUCUCCACUGUUGAGGAGAUCGUCUGGCUUACGGUGGAGCUCUGUGUCGGAAUCAUCUGUGCCUGUCUUCCCACCUUAGCGCCCUUAUACCAUCUUCGGCUGUGGGCGCGCCUUGUUCCCCAAUCAGUGCGAAUUUACUUGCUUUCUCUUCGCACCGCUACCCAUGGUUCUACGACCUAUGGAUCGAGCAAGAUGUCUGCCAAGCCAUCUGGUGGACAGAGCUAUGAAAGUGACGUUGAGCUUGUCGACAAUGGCAAAGUGAGCACUCACGUUGGUACACACAUGCCAACCAUGGAACUGGUGCAUACCGAUCCGCGCCGCAUAUAUCGGAUGACAGAUAUGGAAGUCAGUUAUUCGAAGCACAGGGACGCAUCAAACCACGUUUAA